UUGGUCCGGAGCAGAUCCUCCUCUGUCCUUCUCUGUUUCCUCCGGUGCAUUGUGUGUCUUUCUCUGAUAAAAACUCUCCUGUCUUUGUCUCCUCCUGUGUCCCUUCAACACGGACACACAGACCACCCCCGGCUAACAUUAAACCCACCGGGAGGAUCUGGACUCAGUGACCGGGAAAGAGAGCAGGAAGCCGGCCUGAAUUCACAGGAGGAGCCGGUGUUUGUGUUGAUCUUCUGCUCCGGGUCCCGAUGGAUUUUACUUAAACUGCUUGUCCUUUAAAACCCCUAAUAAUGUGCUCUCUGCUGCUAAUGCUAAUUGGACUGACUGCUAAUUAGCCGGCUCUGCUAACCAGCUAGUCCAGGUCUAAGUGGUGCUUAGUCCCGGGUUUAGCUCAUGAUGGCAGAGCUUCACCAGACUCCCACCUCGCUAUGCUGCUGCCGUAAAUCCCUACCGGCCUCUGGGGCCCGGUGUGUUGGGGACUCCAGCCGGCCCUCAGCAAGUCCGGGUCCUGGGUCUCCACGAUGCCCCCUGGUGGACGUGGCCUCAGUGUCAAACUUCAGGUGCUUCCAGCUGCGACACUUCCACCUGGACCUGCGGCUGAACUUUGCAAUGAAGGAGAUGAGCGGCUGGCUGGUUCUGGAUCUGAUCCCGGUUCAGCCGGAGGUCCACACCCUGGUGCUGGACUCCCACCCUUCUCUGUUAAUCCACUCGAUAGACUGUAAGGUCCCUGGGGCCGGACAGGGGGAGCCUGUCUCCCUCACAUACCGGGUUGAUCCGUUCACAGAUUAUGGAUCAUCGCUCAACAUCAGCCUGCCGACAGCUGCUGUGAAACCGGGCCGACUGAUCCAGAUCACAGUCCGCUACACCACCACAGACGGACCGGCGAUCUGGUGGCUGGACUCUGAGCUGACCUGUGGUCAGUCUCGUCCCCUGGUCUUCACUCAGGGACACUCGGUGUGUAACCGCUCCUUCUUCCCCUGCUUCGACACACCUGUCGUCAAGAGCACCUACACCGCCACUGUCAGGGUCCCCGACAGCGUGACGGUUCUGAUGAGCGCGUCUCGGAGUUCCUACUCCAAACAGGACCGGGUCUUCCAGUUCUCCAUGGAGUAUCCUGUCCCAUCCUACCUGGUGGCGCUGGUGGCUGGAGAUCUGCAGCACGUCGACGUCGGCCCGAGGAGUCGUGUGUGGGCGGAGCCAUGUCUGUUGUCCUGCGCGGUGAAGAAGCUCGGGGGCAGCGUGGAGCGCUGGCUGGGCGUGGCUGAGGAGCUGUUUGGGCCUUACCUGUGGGGCAGGUGUGACAUCGUAUUCCUUCCCCCUUCCUUCCCCAUCGUUGCCAUGGAGAACCCCUGUCUCACCUUCAUUAUCGCCUCCAUCCUGGAGAGCAGCGAGUUCCUGCUGAUCGACGUCAUCCAUGAGAUCGCCCACGGCUGGUUCGGAAACGCCGUCACCAACGCCACCUGGGAGGAGAUGUGGCUGAGCGAAGGGCUGGCAACGUACGCUCAGAGGAGGAUCACUACUGAGGCCUAUGGUGAGGCGUUCACCUGUCUGGAAACUGUCGUGCGAUUGGACGCCCUCCACAGACAGCUGCGUCUCCUGGGAGACAACAACCCUGUGAGCAAACUGCAGGUUAAGUUUGAGCCCGGUGUGAACCCCAGCACUCUGAUGAAUCUGUUCACCUACGAGAAAGGUUUCUGUUUUGUGUCGUACCUGUCUCAGCUCUGUGGAGACGUCCGGCGCUUCGACUGUUUCCUCAGGGAUUACAUCUCACAGUUUAAGUUUAAAAGCGUGGUGGCUCAGGACCUCAUCGACUACUUCCUGGGUUAUUUCCCCGAGCUGCAGGGCGCUGCUGUCGCUCAGAGAGAAGGUCUGGAGUUUGAGCGCUGGCUGAGCGGCUGCGGACCCCCGCUUUAUGAACCGGAUCUGUCAGCUGGGGGCGCUCUCAUCCAGCCGGUCCAGGAUCUGUGUGAUCUGUGGAGGAGCAGCGACUCCCCGGACCUGCAGACCCUGACCACCUUUGACCUCUCAGGCUGGAGCACCUUUCAGAUAGUCCUGUUCCUGGACCGGAUGCUGGACCACUCGCCGCUGCCACAUGAUGUGAUGGUCAGUCUCUCUGGUUGUUACUCGUCUCUGUUUGAUGGUCUAAAUGCUGAGGUUCAGAUCCGUUGGCUUCAGAUGGUGGUGAGGAACACGUUCUACCCCGACCUGCCCCGGGUCCGAGCCUUCCUGCACAAACACACAUCUAGGAUGUACACGGUGCCGCUGUACGAAGACCUGGUUGCCGGGGUGAUGAAGUGCGUUGCCGUGGAGAUUUUCUAUCAGACUCAGCGACGCCUACAUCCAAACCUGAGACGGACGUUACAGCAGAUCCUGUUCCAGACCAGUACCGCCCAGACCAAUCAGAACAGCCCGGCUCUGUCCAUCAUACCCUCCUCCCCCUCCACGCCCCCCUCCACGCAGUCGCUACAGUCUGCUGCCACAGCAACCGCCUCCGCUGCUGCCGCCGGGACGACUGCCAACAUCGCUCUGAGGGACGUCAACGUGUCAGCGUGAAGCCCAUAUAUAAUAUCAUGUGAUGGAGGAUUCAGGCUGUGAUUGGUCGGUUGGUCUCAUAGUGACAAUAUGUUGUCAUUGUCAGAUGGCUGAUGUAAGCUGUUACCGUGGCAGCAGCAGCAGCUGACUGAGGGCUACAGAAGGUGUGACGUCACGACAGGAAGUUCACUCUAGAGAUUCUUUAAGUCCGGGUCGUAGGAGGAAGUCAGUUCUGAAGAUGGCGGGGGUCAGAGGUCACACCUCACAUCUGGUGCUCAUAUGUCAUCAUAUGUCUGUUUUUUAAGCUCAAAUCACGUUUUCCUUGUUCCUGAGGGUUUGCAGACUCACACGUGUGUCCUGAACCAACCUCUGGCUGGGGGCCCUGAGAUGGGUCCUCUGUUUGGACAGAUUGUUGUUACUCUUGGUGCAAUUUAACAGAUAACUUGAAAUGAGACAGACUUCUGUUACCCGCUUCAGUCUCAGUAGAAUCUGUUGCUGUGGUUUCAGUUUGACUCAGCAGGCCUCAUUGGUGGAUUCACUCUCAGCAGCAGCAGUUUAUCUGUUCAUCACUGGAGCUCUGGGUCCAGCUGUGGUGACCUGUGGAGAGGUCAGGUGGAGGAAGCCCAGCCUUCCGCAGCCUGCUGCCGUUAGUAAUGUUGGUAAUGUUGAUCACAGAGCAGUGGCGUGUGAGGCGUUCAGGCCUCAGGUCUGCGGCGUGACGCCAAAAUCCAAACGAUCAGCAACUGCGUCAGAAAAUAUCUGCUGCUUUGAUAAAGAAGCCUGUGGACAGAAAAACUCCCAAGGUGCAUUUCACUGACAAACAUCCAAUCACAUGGCUUCACAUUGGGAAACAUUGGAGCUGAAAACUGCAGCACUUUCUCCACUUCGCUUUUAAUUGGGACCAAACUGCGUCAGUCUGCCAUGGAAACAUCCUCGUAAUUAACCACUGUUCAUUUUUAGGAAAUUAGCCGGAAAAUUUCCAGGAAAUUAGCUGGAAAAAUAAAGUGCUUCCACAACUUUCCCAUGAACCCGGAUAGAAAGAGCAGUUUCAUGAGAGCCGAGCAAACUCCAUCUGAGUAAGGGGCUGUUUUAUUUUGUCAGGACAAAAAUGUUGAAGACCAUGAAGAGACAGAAAACCUCACUCCACCAGUUCACCUCUUCACCAGUUCACCAGUUUGUUCCUUUAAUAAUGUGACGUCACUUAGAGCCUUUUGACUUCGGGCGGUUUACAAAGUGCUAAAACAAAUUUCUGCCUCUCAUUCGCCCUUAUUGCCUCUCACACACACACUUGUCUUACUGUCUUUGGGAGGACACUCAUUGACAUAAAGUAUUGCCUAGCCCCUUUCCCUAAUCUUAACCUAAAUCUGAUCCUAACCCUAAAACCAGGUCUGAACCCUUUAAAGUUUUGUGGAUCAUCUAAAAUGUGUCUCCACAACGAUGGUUUCAAAACAAAUGUUUUCACACACACGCUGAUGGAGCUUCGAUGCAGAGCAGAGACACCACCUGAGACGCAGCCGUCCACAAAAGUAACGGCUUUAACCCUUCUGUAUACUCCUGAGGGAGAAUUGCCACCCUUCACUGAACCCCUAAAACAAAGCAGCUUAAUUGAAUUUUAAAUCCCAAUUCGAUUUUGCAUGAUGAAACAACCUGUUAUUCAUCAGUUCAAAUUUAGUUUUCUCUUACACAGUGCAGAAAGACCUCAUCUAAAUAUGAACAAAGGCAGUGUUUCACUUUUUCUAAUGUUGGGGUCACUUUAGGAAAAGCCAUAAAAUUUCACGUUGGAAAAAGAUAAUUUAGGGGGUUUUCUCUGCUGUUUGCCCCUUAGGACAACAGAAGGGUUAAUAAUCGAACAUGUAGCUGAAACUAACACGUGACCCUUCAGGAGGAGGUGGAUCUUAAACUCUGCCUCCACCCGACCUGCAGACCAGGACUCAGAGCCCCGCGUUCAGACUCGGAUCCGUCAGCCUGAAUGUUAACUUGGACAUUUUUUGGGGAGGUGGAGUCGGUGUGUGAUAGGACUUGGCAGGAAAAAUAAAAACCAGCAGACUUCACCUGAGUGGCCUUAAUGUUGCCUUCACUGCAGCUGGGAACUGAGAUGUUUCUGUAGGAGUCUGACCCUGUUUAUUGUUCAUCCUUUUAAUGAUAAUUCUGACUGUUUGUACCUGAAAUCACCAGCAAUAAAAACACAGACUUUUAACUGUAGUUCACUGAUUCUGAAUAUUGAGAGAACACAGCAAAAGGAAAAAGAAAGAUGAGCAGAAACUGGAGUCAGAGUGACGGUUUAAAGGUUUAAAUCCAGUCACCUGCCUUCACUUCAGACUCAACGUUAAAGAUGAGAAAUGAAACAAAACUGAAGGAAAUUCAGGGGGAAUUUAACUGUGGCUGAGCUUUUUUCUUUUUAUCAAACGGCUCUGAUCCAGACUGACUGCAGCUGUGAUCAUUAGAGCCCGAUCGGUGCUGGACUACUUUGAGGCUGAUACUGAUAACAUCUGACAGGUCAAAAAGCAACUUUAUUUUUAAGUUUAGGGAACAAAAAUAGAGUUGAAGCAGAAACAUACUGAAUAUCUGCAGCUUCAGCCCAAAAACAUCCAGAUCAGAUUUAAAAUCUGUGUGACUGAGUCAUGGACGGAGUCUGUCACUGUCCUCUGUUUCGUUCUGAAACGUCCCACUGUUCCCAGCUGACCCUGAACGCCUCCUCAGAUUUAUAAUGAACCUGUGAUCAAAAAUAAACACUUGAAUCUACAAAAUGUGUUUGUCCUGGCAGUCUGUGAUUCCAGGGUUGAUGUGAGUCAGACACAAACACACAAAGUAGGUCAAAAUGUUUUCAGACAAUUCAAAAGUCACUGAAUAUGUUAAUCCUUAAAUUUGUG